AUGGGCCGCCGCGUAGCAUUCGUUGAGCGAUGCCAUGCGGCAAACGGCGAGCGCCUCGACGAGUUGCAUUAUGCUGGCUCCAGGCUCCUCCCUCUCGUUUCCCCCCUUUCUCCCUCUCGUUUCCCCCCUUUCUCCCUCUCGUUUCCCCCCUUUCUCCCUCUCGUUUCCCCCCCUUCUGCCUCUCAUCUUCCCCCCUUCCGCCUCUCGUUUCCCCCCCUUCUCCAUCUUGUUUCCUCCCCUCCUCCCUCUCGUUUCCCCCCUCCACCCUCUCGUUUCCCCCCCUUCCGCCUCUCAUUUUCCCCCCCUUCCGCCUCUCGUUUCCCCCCCUUCUCCAUCUCGUUCCCCCCCCUCCUCCCUCUCAUUUUCCCCCCUUCCGCCUCUCGUUUCCCUCCCUUCUCCCUCUCAUUUCCCCCCCUUCUCCCUCUCGUUUCCCCCCCCUUCCCCCUCUCGUUUCCCCUCCUACUCCUCUCAUUUCCCCCCUUCUCCCUCUCAUUUCCCCGUUUUCCCCCUCUUGUCUCCCCCCCUUCUCCCUCUCAUCCCCCCCCCCCCCUCCCUCUCAUUUCCCCUGCUCCUCCCUCUCGUUUCCCCCCUUUCUCCCUCUCGUUUCCCCCCUUUCUCCCUCUCGUUUCCCCCGCUUCCGCCUCUCAUCUUCCCCCCUUCCGCCUCUCGUUUCCCCCCCUUCUCCAUCUCGUUUCCUCCCCUCCUCCCUCUCGUUUCCCCCCUCCACCCUCUCGUUUCCCCCCCUUCUGCCUCUCAUUUUCCCCCCCUUCCGCCUCUCGUUUCCCCCCCUUCUCCAUCUCGUUUCCCCCCCUCCUCCCUCUCAUUUUCCCCCCUUCCGCCUCUCGUUUCCCCCCCUUCUCCCUCUCAUUUCCCCCCCUCCUCCCUCUCGUUUCCCCCCCCCUUCCCCCUCUCGUUUCCCCUCCUUCUCUCAUUUCCCCCCUUCUCCCUCUCAUUUCCCCGUUUUCCCCCCUCUCGUCUCCCCCCCUUCUCCCUCUCAUUUCCCCCCCUCCUCCCUCUCGUUUCCCCCCCCUUCCCCCUCUCGUUUCCCCUCCUUCUCCUCUCAUUUCCCCCCUUCUCCCUCUCAUUUCCCCGUUUUCCCCCUCUCGUCUCCCCCCCUUCUCCCCCCCUUCUCCCUCUCAUUCCCCCCCCCCCUCCCUCUCGUUUCCCCCGCUCCUCCCUCUCGUUUCCCCCCUUUCUCCCUCUCGUUCCCCCCCUUUCUGCCUCUCAUUUCCCCCCUUUCCCCCUCUCGUUUCCCCCCCUUCUCCCUCUUGUAACUCCCCCUUCCCCCUCUCGUAUUCCCCCCUUCCCCCUCUCAUUUCCCCCCCUCCUCCCUCUCGUUUCCAACCCUUCCCCCUCUCGUUUCCCACCCUUCCCCCUCUCGUUUCCCCUCCUCUCAUUUCCCCAACUUCUCCCUCUCAUUUCCCCCCUUCCCCCUCUCAUUUCCCCGCUUUCCCCCCUCUUUUCGCCCUCCUUCCCCUCAUUCACCCUUUCCUUACCCUCAUCUCCUCAUCUCGUUUCUCGCAUUUCCCCUUAUCCGUCCUCUCCUCUCCCUCUCUCCUUCCCCUCCUUUACCCCUCCUUCCCCUCAUUUUCCCCUCUCCCUCCCCUCAUUCCCCCCUCUCCUUUCCCUCAUUUCCCCCCUCCUUCCCCCCAUUUCCCUCGAGGAGGGUUCGGGUGA